AUGGAACAAAGAGGAUGCGACACAAGAAGGGCGAGAAGACGGUGGGUCGGCUGCGUGGUUGCGGUGCUUUUGUGGAGCGGAGCUUCUGCGCAAAUACGAUAUUCCAUCUCUGAGGAAGUUAUUGAAGGAACUGUGGUUGGAAAUAUAGCUAAGGACCUGGGAUUAGAUAAAAGCAGGUUGAAGGAGAGGACGUAUCGGAUUGUUUCCAGUGCUAUGGAACCCUUUUUUUAUGUAAAUCAGAAUGACGGCAUUCUGUAUGUGAGCCAGAAGAUUGACAGAGAAGAGGUCUGCGAAAGAAGCACUAUAUGUUUGAUAAAUCUCAAAACUGUGCUAGAAAAUCCACUGGAGGUGCACUAUGUCGGAGUGGAAAUUGUGGAUAUAAAUGACCAUUCUCCUUGGUUUUUAGAAAAAGAGAAAACGUUAGAGAUUUCAGAGUCUGUGUUACCUGGAGCACGUAUUCCGCUUCAAGCCGCACAAGAUCCAGACGGUGGUCUUUUCUCUGUUCAGCAGUAUAAACUCAGCCCAAAUGACCACUUUCGUUUGGAAGUUAAGGAUAAAGGAGAAGAUGGUAAAAUACCUACAUUGAUUGUUCAAAAGUCUUUGGAUAGGGAGACCGCGGGAAGCCAUGCAUUAGUCCUGACCGCAGUGGAUGGGGGAAAACCUCCGAAGUAUGGUGAAAUUAAUAUUUUGGUAAAUGUUUUAGAUGUCAAUGAUAACGCACCUGUUUUCUCUCAAAACAUUUACUCUGUAGUGCUGAAUGAAAAUGCUGCAGUAGGAACAAAAGUUUUAGAAGUAAAUGCAACGGAUUUAGAUAAUGGACCAAACGGAGAAGUUGUUUAUUCAUUCAGCAACAGUGUGAGUCAGAGAUUAAUAUACCUCUUUGAUAUAAAUCCAUCAACAGGUGAAGUUAUUGUUAAAGAUUCAAUAGAUUAUGAAGAAAAAAACAACUAUGAGAUUGAAAUUCAAGCAUCAGACAAAGGCCUGGCUCCGCUGGCUACACAAAAAAGCGUCAUCAUCAAAAUAUUAGACAUUAAUGAUAACGCACCUGAGAUUGAAGUGACCUCAUUUUCAAGAUCCAUUCCUGAAAAUUGUAGACCUGGAACUACAGUUGCCCUCAUUAGUGUAAAUGACUUGGACUCUGGUCUCAAUGGAAAAGUUAUUUGCUCCAUAGGUGAGGAUGUUCCUUUUGCUUUAUCACCAUCUUUACAAGACAAAAUGUAUUCAUUAGUCACCAAAUCGCCUCUGGACAGAGAGAGACGGUCAAAGUAUGAUGUCACGAUUAUUGCGAAAGACGCUGGCCAGCCUUCAUUAUCAUCUGCAAAGACAAUAAGUGUUGUGGUGUCAGAUGUGAAUGACAACCGUCCAGAGUUUUCACUGAGUCCUUAUAAUUUCUAUGUCACUGAAGCUAAUGAGCCAGGAGCCUCUGUGUUUUCUGUUAAAGCUUUUGACCGUGAUGAGACAGACAAUGCUCUAAUAUCCUAUCAUAUUCUCAGAGAUGGAAUCAAAGAUAAUAAAGUAACUUCAUUUCUCAACAUAAAUAUUGAAACUGGAGAUAUUUUGGCUUUAAAAAGUUUUGACUUUGAAACCCUGAAAACGUUCCAGUUCCAAGUUGUUGCCUCGGAUUCUGGAACUCCGUCACUAAGCAGCAACGUCACAGUGAACGUGUUCAUUCUGGAUCAGAACGACAACGCUCCAGUCAUCCUGUAUCCAGUCAGCUCGAACGGUUCUGCUGAAGGUGUGGAGGAGGUUCCCCGCAAUGUGAACGCAGGACACUUGGUGACUAAAGUCAGAGCCUAUGACGCUGAUAUCGGAUAUAACGGCUGGCUGCUGUUUUCACUGCAGGAAGUUACUGACCACAGUCUCUUUGGGUUGGACCGCUAUACAGGACAGAUCAGAACACUUCGCUCAUUCACAGAGACAGACGAGGCGGAGCAUAAACUGGUCAUACUGGUGAAAGACAAUGGGAACGUGUCACUCUCAGCAACAGCGACUGUGGUUGUCAAAGUUGUGAUACCCAAAGAGGCUUUUGCUGCUUCUGAUGUUAAAAGUGCAACAAAGGAUGAGGAGGAUAAUAAUGUGACUUUUUACCUGAUGAUAACUUUGGGCUCAGUUUCAACACUUUUUCUCAUCAGUAUCAUCGUGCUGAUUGCAAUGCAGUGCUCUAAAUCCACAGACUACACUUCUAAAUAUCUACAAGAGACUAAUUAUGACGGGACCCUGUGUCACAGCAUCCAGUACAGAUCUGGAGAGAAACGCUACAUGUUAGUUGGACCCAGAAUGAGUAUAGGAUCUACUAUAGUCCCGGGCAGCCACGCGAACACACUCGUGCUCCCUGACAGGAGGACACCUGGAGAGGUAAGACAUAUUUAG